UCUUUAGCUCCAAUCAACUACUAGCAAGAGUGGAUAAUUAUUUACUCUCGCUACUAGCCACACUCAUUCUUCCUUCCUCUAUCCAGGUCAAUGGACUUACUAAUAUAUUCUGGGGCUGGGGCAGAGAAGAUGAUGAACUUUAUCUAAGAAUCAAAGAAGCUGGACUACAGUUACAUAGACCGGCUGGUAUUACAACUGGUAAUAAGACAUUCCGGCACAAUCACGAUCGCAAGGUCAGACCAAGGGACAUGAAGAGCUAUGGAACACAAUGGAGGCUAUCAAGACGAAGAGAUAGAGAAAGCGGUCUCCACACUUUAAAAUUUGAAGUACUAUCAAUCCACAAUAUGUCCAUCAAUGGGGCACCAUUCAAACUAGCAAAUUUAGAAUUGCACUGCGACUAUCAGAAGACACCUUUUUGUGAUCACCCGUCGUAAGACGAAAAUUAAUUAAUUUUUUACAGGCAAUGUAUUAUUAUUUUUGUAAAUAAUUAUCAAAUUGAAAAUGUAAUAAUUAUAUUAAAAUGAUUUUUUGAAGUUCUUUCUGUUCCUGCUACUGCAUUAAUUGGAAUCCUUCAGUAGCCAGACUUUCCUGCCAUUGA